CCGGUAUCAUCUUGCAUUUCCAUUGUUUGCACGGCAUUUUGCUAUUGAGGGAGUGCUGUUUGCAGUGGCGUUCACUGCAGAUAUCCUUUAUGCAUGAUUCAUAGAAAGGAUACAAGUCGAAGCCUUUGCUCCAUUACAUUGGCUACACAUAAAAACCUCAGAAGCCCCCUACUUCAGACAGAGUCGGUUCACGCUUCUGCUUAUUAUACUAUCGCAGUUUCAAUCGAUUCUACACAUUUGUAACUUACGGUAAUAUUUAAUCAACAAAGCCUUGCAGGUAGCAGCCCUUCGAGCGACAAAUAAUGGAACUCUUCUUUUCCAACGUUCCCAAUUAUCUCACAGAGGUCAGCCUGAGACAGGAGCUUGAAGCUCACGCAGCACCACUUGGGAUCCGAACCUUUGUCUGCGACAAGCCUCGGCACAAGACGUUUGCAUGGGUUACUUUCCUUGACGAACAAGAUGGGAAGAAAUUCCUAGCUAAACAUGGAAAGGAACCGACGAAGAACGUCAGGUUAGGUUUCACCAAAUCCGGCCUAAACUUGAAGCAAAGAGCUAUACCUAAGCUCUUCAUCUUAAACAAUGCAGUUUUCGUCGAACCUAGCACUCGACACGUUGAUGCUGACACCAUCCAAACCCUCAAAUAUAUGAAGCACCAACAAAGCGCUGCAGCACGUCCAAAAAGAGUGCGUGACCAUUCGAGCAUCAGCUGUACUACCAAUAGGAUAGCAUGCGGAAAGCUUGUUCUUAAGAACGGUACAGUGACAUUUGCUUGCCAAGCUUCGGCUCAAAAUGUAGGCAUGCUCAAGUUCGGCCGAAAGUUUGCCAUCCUCGACACUCUUGACGAGUCCGUAUACAUUGCGUAUGGGAAAAUUCAGGAGUGCAUAGCAGAUUUCACGGAUAAGUCCUUUACAUUUGUCUUGGAAGAUCCACCUCGUUUUUAUCUCCCCACUCCUUCAGAAUAUGGGGGGUCUCGGCUUACACGCAUGCAACAUAUUUAUACAGUGCCCAAUCACGAUAAAUAUGUAGCACACUGUCUGGUAUACCGAGUUUGGUAUACAGGAGAGAGAUUUAGCGACCUCGUACGCAGCCUCAAGUCUCGUGAUUUUGACAUAUCAAAGGAGCGUGUUCCUGUUGAUGAACGUCCUGAACCUCGACUACACGACUACUCGACAUGCCUAAAGUCGUUCACCAGCAGGCUUUCACAGAUGGGCAACUCAGGGCGUUUAAUCCACUUUGGUGUUCUCUUUCAAGUUCAGGCUCUCGUAUGGAAUAAUUAUUUGCAUCCAAAGGAUGCUGACCACAUGUUGACUAUCCUGGAAACAUUGGCACGCGCCGCUCAAAUGAACGACGAGCCAAUCCCCUUCACAACGGAAUCUAUGAAAGUUCUUUUCUCGGAUACACCGUACCCAUCACCUCAAAUGGACCAAGGGGACUUGGAUGUUUUUGAACUCAUGGAGAAGGUCCGCCAGAAAGAAGCUGAGCUGAGCAAGAUGAGCGUCAAUCGAGACCCGGUAUAUGGAGGAGCCCUAGCACCAAAUCAUGUAUGGGUCUUUAAAGCAAUGGUUACUCCAACAAGGAUCGUCCUUAAUGGUCCUGACACGGAGACUUGCAAUAGCGUCCUCCACAAGUUCGCUAAACAUCAAGACUACUUCCUUCGUGUCACCUUUUGUGACGAAGACGGUUCCAACCUGACUCUGAAUCCACGAGUUAACAACGGCGGAAUAUUCGAUCGAUUUCAUUCCAUUUUGAAACAGGGAAUAAACAUUGCGGGAAGAAAGUUUGCAUUUCUCGCCUUCUCUCAUUCAUCCCUUCGGUCUCACUCAACAUGGUUUUCGGCUCCAUUCACAGACAGCAAUAUGCGUGCUCAAACUUAUGAAUCAAUUUUACGAGGAAUUGGCGAUUUCAAAGACAUUCGAGUCGCGGCUAAGUGUGCGGCCAGAAUCGGGCAAGCAUUUUCGGAGACACCUUACACAGUGGACAUGACCCAGGAUAUUCGUGUCAGAUACAUCCCAGAGGUCAAAAACAGUGACGGCGACCGCGUCUUUAGCGACGGUGUAGGAACCAUUUCAAGCGAAGCGCUUAAGAGGGUGAGAAAAGUGUUGCCCGAGUCUCAUAAGAAGGCUACAUGCAUUCAAAUCAGACUAGGUGGUAUCAAGGGCAUGCUCUCUUUGGAUACUCGCCUGAAAGGCAGCCUUAUUUGCAUUCGCAAGGAAUCAAUGAUGAAGUUUCCGAGCACUGAGUUCGUCUCUAUGGGAAUUUGCGACACAUCCUCCCGCCCACUGAAAUUUGUUCUGAACCGUCAAAUUAUCAAGAUUCUAGAAGACAUGGGUACCAAACACGAAUGGUUUUUUAGCCAACAGAAUCGUGCCCUGAGAUUUCUUCAAGGUGUUGCGUCGAGCCCCCUCAAUACGAGCACGUUUCUCCGCCAACAGGCAAUUGGAUCGGCCAUCAAUUUCCCCAAGUUUAUCACUCGGCUUGAUAGUAUUAGUAUCGACUAUCGGCGUGAUAGCUUUCUGAAAGGUGUGGUAGACCAUGUGCUGCUUCGCGAACUGAGGCUGCUGAAACACAAGGCGCGUAUCCCAGUUGAGAAGGGAAUAACGCUCUUCGGUGUAAUGGAUGAAACGGCAUUCUUACAAGAGGGUGAAGUGUAUGUUGACUUUGAUUCAAAGGUAGCAAAGACGUAUGGGGUUGAUGCCAGUUCGUUAUCAGAAGGGCCGCUAAUCGUCACGCGCUCUCCUGCUCUUCACCCUGGAGAUGUUCAGAUUGCCGCGCUAAGGAUACCUCCAGCGGGCCAUCCAUUACGAAACUUGAAAAACUGUAUUGUUUUCAGUCAGAAGGGUAGCAGAGAUUUGCCCAGUCAGCUCAGCGGAGGUGAUCUGGAUGGUGACCUGUACAGUGUAAUUUGGGACCCUGACGCGAUUCCUUUGUACUCGUUUGCGCCUGCAGAUUAUCCACGAGUAUCUCCAGUACCACUCGAUCGAGCAGUGACACGAGAAGAUAUCACGGAAUUCUUUAUCAAUUUCAUGAAAAACGAUAUUCUUGGGUUGAUUGCCUCCCGGCAUCAAGUGCUUGCUGACGUUACGGAGGGUGGAACCGCUUCUCACGAAUGCAUAGAGUUGGCCGAAUUGCAUUCUACUGCAGUUGAUUAUUCCAAAACAGGAAUACCAGUGUCUGUUGCGGACAUGCCUAGAGCGCCUAAAACUCGCCCGGACUUUGUUGCACCAGCACCACCUACUGAGCUUUACACUCUAGGCCAGAUUGACUUCCUGCCAAAAGCCAAAUAUGAGGAAGAUGAGGAAGGUGAUGAUGGACUAGGUCGCCCUUCAUACAAGUAUCACUUGUCUCAGAAGAUUCUUGGACUCUUAUUCCGAGACAUAGAUGAGGAAAAGAUUUGGAGUACUGACAUGCAGCUGAAGGUAGAUUACAGUGGCCCUUCUAUCUGGACCCAGCUAUUGGACUAUAUGCAGUACACAAUUGAGAAGCUCGGCAUGAGCUCGUGGAUCGAUUACACUCGACGCUUUGAUCAGGCGCGAAAAAUCAGACGCUUAUAUGAAGACGGGCUUGCCGAUCUCAUGUGGAAACAUGCUGCUAAUCCACGCACUCACAUCACUGAGGCAGAAGCAUUUUGCGGUUCUAUUUUUAAUAAGACCGGUAGCUUAACAAGAAGGCAAAAGGAAUCCUCAGUGAAGCUCGGAGGAGGCAUGGAUAGCCUCCUGACUUGGAUUGUCGGUUUGAUGGAAGAAGAAGAUGACGAUGACGAGCACCCAGAUGAGCUUGUUGUUCGUGGCUACGGAUUGACUGGUGCCCAAACAACACUGGAGAUUAGCUGGGCGUGCGUAGUUGUAGGUUGUGAAAAGCCUGCAGGAAAAUCGGAUUCACUCAUGGAGAGCUUUCGUGUCGUUGCUGCGACCUGUCUACUAAAGACUCUUGAAAAGUUGGAGCAGACUGACAAGAAACGGCAAUGGGAUCUGCCGAACCCGUUACAUUGGGCUUAUUCAGAGCAGGAUGGACAACACACCCUCAACCAUAUGCUACUCGAGGCGUUGAUUUUGUCUGAUAAAUGAAUGAUUCACUUUUCUUUUUCUCGCCAGGAUACAAGGGUCGAGCUCAGCGUCCAUUCGGGGCUUGCAAACUUGGGGUAAUGAAUCGUCGUCAUGAUAUCUGUUUGGUGACUAAGUAACUAGGAGCUCUGCACACUUCGAUUAAUUCUUUUGCGAAAGCACACUAACGCAGACCUGCCAACGGACUGACGGGUUUUGCGGAGAAGAGCUCCGUUAGCCCAGCCACUUUCACCGUGCGGAGACGAACACGACGGCAGGGAUUUGGAGAAAUGUGCGGAGGCGCAUUGGAUAUCUGAGGGGGCGAUGGGCAUGCAAUUCAAAACGCGGAAGAGCCAAGCUCCGGCGAACCGAAAUGUAGGUGUGAAGGGUUAGUGGAAGCUUCCUUGUAGCUGCCACCCAGUAACAUGGCGUCCAGCACUGUACGGCUGCGGAUACUAGGAAAAGUAUCUAGCAAAAUUUGUAGGUUUGGGGUUUGGAGGUCACUCUUCUGUGGAACCUAACGGUCAUUAGUGUGCGAUUUACCCAUUAUACACUUGGCCCGAUGUCGAGCAGGCUGUCUUCAAUAUUGAUAGCCAAAGACUUGCGACAUAUAUCACAAGGAACAGUCCUUACUUGUCCCGAUUUUCCUUGGGUAGCGUUUACAGAGACACCAAUUCCAACCCAACACAAGUUCAAUACACAGUGUUUCGUUGGCAAUUGGAGCGGACAGUUGCAUCAAUGCAGAUUCACUGGACGGACUUUAGCGGACACUUGUCUGUCCGACCAACUUGGCGCGCGUCGCUGGGCACAAGGAUGUGUUUAUCAUUUUUGGCGCCGACAAUCCGACGGGCGAUACACUGUGUGUGCACUACUCAAGUUGUUGGUGGCAGCGAGUCACGACUGACUCUCUUCGGGCGAAGGGAAAUUGGCAGCGGGAAGGCCACUAGUGUGUGGCGCUAGCCCAGAAUCCGGGGUAAAUCAGCGUUACAUGCGGCGGUCUAGGCGAUGUUUGAGGACGACAAGCGAGGCCAAUAUUGCAGGUUGAGGUAUGAAAAACGAUAUACUAGGGAAGAAAAGAGAAUAAAGCGUAUCUAGAUUGCUUCAUCUCCUCGGAGCAGCAUGCUCAGCAGAGCAGCAUCAAAAACCGGCGUUCUCGAGGAGGGAUACUAAUACUGGGGCUUUGGGCUGCGAGUCUGUGGUGGUGGCUUCGAGACAUCCAAUCCCAGUGCUCGCUCGCAUGCCUUAAACUCAGAUCUAGCAGCAGUCUCAUUGAAAGCCUGUGUCUAUAGCCUUCGCCUGUAUGCCACCUGCAUCUGCACUGUACGUGUCGCGGGCAUUGCCCACAGUUCCUACGGUGGUAUUGUGAUUAUUUACAAUUCGAGAGCAAGUACCACCGAAUUUUAUUAGGCGAAUCAAACGGAUCAUAUACUCGACUUAUUUGGUGUAAUAGUCAACGGGUGCUGAAGAAGCCCAAAGACGGUCGGCAUCUGCAUAUAAGUGAAUCCAUAUGCUCUGGAAGAGGCGGGCGCCGGUACACUAAGAUAGCCAAUGCCUACGACACAGUGCAGCCAAUACAGGCUAGAUGCAUCCUUUUCAUACCAAUCACCGCUGUUGGGCCUUGUGUACAAGCCGCAUCAUAUCCCGUCUGCCAGGCCCUAGCAACCCGGGUGAAGGGGACAGCCAAGUCUCGUGGUCGCGCAAUGUGCCACACCUGCUACCUAUCAUUAAGGGGCAAAGAAGCAAAAGAUACAACUGUUUGAUGGCGCUUACCAUUGGGCGAAUGGGGAUUCAUACCCCAAGGUCUCCAAGACCCCCGACGCGGCACUUGCUGCUCAGCUGGUCCCCUCCUAGCUCAAGGUAUAUGACUAGCUUGAUGCCUUCCGUUCACCCUUGUGUUGUGUCUUAGGAGAUUUUGUGUAAAUCAUCUUACAAUAAGAGCUGUAGCCACCUGCUCCAAAACACACAGCC